AAUUUGAGAGGUGCACGCGAGUCAAUUUGGCUUCUGCAUGCCUCCAGAGGUUCCGCAAUUGCGUCACACCAUCCACACGGCACCUCUGACCACAUUUCGGAUCAAGCAUAAAUUGGCUCUAACAUUUUAAAACGCCAGUUGUCAGAUGAGCAGCUAGCACAGCGCCAACGGUAGCAGCUGGCCAGAGGACAUCAAACGCAGCGCACAGCUCUGAUCUCUACAAGAGGAGGAUGCGAGUCUUCGCUGUCAUCUGGGCCAUUGGGUUCUUCUUGAAAGAAGCGCAAACCUGGGGCUUCAGAAAUGGAGUAUUUCAUAACUCCAUAUGGCUGGAGCAAGCCGCCGGAGUCUACCACAGGGAAUCGCGUAAAGGGAGAUACCAGCUGACUUAUAAGGAAGCCAAGGCCGUGUGCAAAUACGAAGGAGGGACACUGGCCACUUACGAUCAACUGGAGGCUGCUCGUCAGAUAGGUUUACAUGUGUGUGCGGCUGGAUGGUAUGACAAAGGACGUGUGGGCUACCCUAUCGUCAAAGCCGGUGCCAACUGUGGUUUCGGCAGGGUUGGCGUCAUCAACUAUGGGUACAGGUUGAACAAGAGUGAGAGAUGGGACGUCUACUGCUACAACCCCAACUCGAAGGAGUGUGGAGGUACUCUGACAGAUCAGCAAAGGAUCAUCCAGUCACCCGGUUACCCAGAGGAGUACCAGGAUGAGCAGAUCUGCUACUGGCACAUCCGCGUGCGCUACGGACAGAGGAUACGCCUGCACUUCCUGGAAUUUGAUGUGGAGGAGGACACGGCAUGUCUAGCAGACUUUUUAGAGAUCUAUGACAGUUAUGACGACAUCUCUGGCUUCGCCGGGAGGUACUGUGGAGAUUAUUUACCAGAUGACCUCAUAAGCACAGGGAAUGUGAUGACACUAAAGUUCCUGUCCGAUGCCUCUGUAGUCGCAGGAGGCUUCCAGAUGGAGUACAUUGCUGUGAACGCUUCUCUCCUCCACUUCCAGAAUGACACCAGCUGUUGCUUCACCUGACCAAUGAUUAUUUAUUUUUUCAGUCUGAUAUGAGUUUCCAUAAGCCACAUCACUUGAACUAUGCAGUAUAACAAAAAUAAUUAUUGACAAAUUUGAAUGACAAAAAUAAACAAUACAAUAUACUGCGCUAGGCAGUAGGCACUGCGAGCCCCAGGAGUGACGCGGUGCCUGGUGUUAUUGGUUGAGAUUUCACAACGCAGUGGACCGCUCACGUCCCCCACCCCUACAGCACUGGUUGUGCCGUGUUCAAAACAACUGGGAACUCAGAAAAAACUCAGAAAAAUCUUUUUUUUUUAAAGUUCCCAGUUGUCUUGAAAAGCAGAUGUCAUUUGUGUCACUAAGCAAAACCCCUGUCACUCAGUCAGAGAGUCUGGAUGUUUGGAACGAGCAGGUUGAGACAACAGGGAAUGAGGUGGAUAGGGCAGAACAACCAGAAAGUCAGUGCAGCAGCAGAAGGGUUAGCCACAGGUUUGUGGAGGGUUGGUGGUAGCUAACUACACUGAACAAAAAUAUAAACUCCACAUCAAAUCAAAUUGUAUUUGUGACAUGCGCCAAAAACAACAGGUAACAACCUUACAGUGAAAUACUUACUAACAAGCCCUUAACCAACAAUGCAACAAAUAACAAUAGCGAGGCUAUAUACAGGGGGUACCGGUACAGAGUCAAUGUGCGGGGGCACCGGUUAGUCAAGGUAAUAUAUACAGAGGUAGAGUUAUUAAAGUGACUAUGCAUAGAUAAUAACAGAGAACAGCAGUGGCGUAGAAGGGGUGAAGUGGGGGGGCAAUGCAAAUAGUCUGGGUAGCCAUUUGAUUAGAUGUUCAGGAGUCUUAUAGCCUAGGGGUGGAAGCUGUUUAGAAGCCUCUUGGACCUAGACUUGGCACUCCGGUACCGCUUGCCGUGCAGUAGCAGAGAGAACAG